UGAACACCGUUUGCCACGCUGGAGGCCGCCAUCUUGGAAGAAAACAAACCGGCAAUAUUGGUUUCUAACAAAAACAAACCGUAUUUUUUAGUUUUAUAGCAGAAUACUCUAGGGAAAAUAGUUAUGGGGCAUAUAUUUUAUAUAUUUUCAUUGAUCACGAUUUGUGUGAGCGUUUCAUAUGCCGGAGAAAUGACAUUUGAACUUCCGGAUAAUGAAAAACAGUGUUUUUUCGAGGAGAUAGACAAGGGUGUUGAAAGUACCCUUGAAUAUCAGGUAAUUACUGGAGGACAUUAUGAUGUGGACAUGGAGCUGACAGAUCCAAAUGGAAAGUCGUUAUACAAAGAUGUCAAAAAACAGUACGACAGUUUCACUUGGACAGCAGAGUCAAAGGGUGUCCACAAGUUCUGUUUUAGUAAUGAGUUCUCAACGUUUACGCAUAAAGUGGUGUAUUUCGACUUGGAGGUUGGGGAUGACGAUCCACUGAGUGUUGCUAAAAAAGGGACAGGAGAUGCCCAAGCUACAGCAAUGACGAUGCUCGAAUCAAGUGCGGUGAACACUCAUGAUCAGCUGGAGACGAUUUUAGAUCUACAGACCCAUCAUAAACUACGAGAGGCGCAAGGUCGGGUGCACGCCGAGAACCUUAACGAACGGGUUUUAUUCUGGUCAUUAGGACAAACUGUUGUUAUACUGAUUAUCGGAAUCGGACAGGUUUUAGUCUUAAGGAGCUUUUUCACUGAUAAAAGGCGAGGACCGUGAACAUUUAGGAAAUAUUAGUUUAAUAAAUGUUUAUUAAGAAAGAUAAUAGGGAUUGAUGAAAUUAAUUUAAUCGAAACUAACAAAUUACGAACGAGAUUGUAGAAAAUGUAGCGGAAUGUUUUGUAUUUAUUUACAUCGAAUAUCUAUGCAGAGACAUGUUGGAAUAUUAAAAAUUUUAAUGUUUAGGGAAAGGAAAUGAAACUUAGUUGUGUGUUGAAAAAAAGGAAAGGUAUCGCUCACAAAAAUUCAGUUGUGAAAAAUUCCGUGUGACUUGCAACAACUUUGACAAUAGACAAAAUAUUAAGGGAUUAGUUGAAAAGUGAAGAAGAUAAAUUUUGCCCAGAAGGUGUAAUGGACACCUGAAAGACUUCAAGAAUUGGAGUUAUUUGAUUAUCAUAUCAAAAGUGUGUGCUUUAAUGAAUUAUGAACUGUGUUCAUCAUAGACAGGAUUCUGCAGGUAUAGGAUAAGAUUAAAUGUGCUUGUACCAGCGUGUUAAAAUAUCAUUAUUACAUGGUUUGAUUUGUCUCACUAUUAAACACAGAAUUAAUUCAAGCAUUGUAAAUUCUGCAAUAAACAAUGGUUGAUGAACAGAUCACUGAGAGAACAUUAUUAGGUUAUGUCCAUAACUUCUUUUACAAAUGAAGGUCAUCAUGAUUUCAGUUAGGAUGUUAGAAUGAAAAUAAACAAUGCCUCCUUGUGCUUUAUCACCUGAUUAACCACAGUUCGUUUUUCAGAUGUUUGGAUGUAUAACCACUGAGGCUAACGCCCAUACACAUCUGAACACUGAACCAUGGAUAAUCAGUUGAUAUAAAAUGUGAAGACCUUUGUUAUUUGAUAAUUUAACUACUGUUUCAGAUACUAUUCAGAAUGUUGCAUUUGUGUAACAUGAAUUUCAGCAGUUUUUGUGUUGUAAAUGUUAAAAGAAAAAGUACUUAACAAGUUGAAAUAUUUUAAAAUAAUGAAGAGUAUUUAUUUAACAAAAGAAUACAGUAAACGUGGUAAAGUCACAAAAAGUCGCAAAACGGGUUAUUAUGUGUGAAGCAUUUGUAUUUGUCUGCAGGAGUAAUUUGCCGCAGGGAUUUUGUCAGAAAUUUAGUGCCCUUUCAUAGUUUACUAUUAAAAAGCGAUUGUGACAACAAAAUUUUAUUUGAUUAACUAACUUUUAUCUUAUUUCCAUAAAUUAACUGGGCAAAUCCAAACAAACCAGUUACUGAUAUGUAAGAAUACCAGGGGCCAGUUGUUCGAAACUUUAACCGGCUGUUAAACUGAUCGCUGUUUAAAUUUUGAUUCAAAACACUAGUCUUGGUGGGAAACACUAGUAUGAUGUUUUGAUUUUAUUGUAAAGAAUUUUCAAAUUUCACAAUUCUUAACUCGUCCAUUUGUUUUUCUAAGUCUUCUAAAAUGUUGAAAACUAUCCCAUAAAGUUAAUCAGCCGUUAGCUUAAUCUCCUGUUAAAGUUUUGAACAACUGGGCCCAGAAUGUCCCAUUAAGUGAAUUUUUAUUAUGUACUGAAAUUAAGUAUUUCUUGAAUGCAAAUUAUAAUCAGAGUGUGAAAGUUUUGAUGUUUUUCCCAGGAAAAAAUCCAGAUGAUUUGUUUCAUAGACUAGUUAUUUGAUUUUGUGUUUCUUCUGCAAUGAUUAAGUGUUUUUUCAAGUUGAAGCGGCUUGUUUUCGUUCCUUACUUUUAAAGUCCCAUAUGGUUUUUAAUUUUGUGUUAAAGGUGAAUAAAUCGGCUGUCCAAAUACACAGUAUGCAUAAUAACAUGGUUAGAAAAGCACUACUUUCAAUAUUGCACAUAAUCUGAUACAAUCAGUGCAAUAAAGGGAGAUAAUCAAAAAGAAAAGAUUCAGAAAUACUUGCUACUAACUGAAUAAAACUUCCAACUAACUGAACCAGAUAUUCAAACUUUUGACAGAUAUAUGAGAAAACAACUAUUGAAUGAAAGAUUUAACAAAACCUUAUUUUAUUUUUGUAACAAAAAUAUAUGGCAGUCACAUUACAAGCAAAUCCAUUAUGAGCCUUUAAGGUAGUUCUGCAAGUAUAAAUCAAUUUUUUUUUUUAUACAGUUUAGAAAUUGAUUGAUCACUGACUUUUCAAAACUUUUGAAUAUAGUUAGAAAAUCUGGCAAAUAAAAAAAAUAGGUUUGCAUGUUUGACUGUACCAGAUUGAAUUAAAAACUUUUGUCCUUAUGCAAGUUUUCAUCAUUGAAGUCCCUGGAAAAAUCACAUUAAUAAUUAUUUUGAUGAAGUUUUGUUAGCAUUAAAAAUUUUAAUACAAUGUAAAUUAUAUUGAAACUUCUCAUGAUCAUAAAGAAACCUAUAGAUGUUCAGAAAUGUGAUGAGAUAAAAUGUAUCUUGCUUGUUUUCGAGGUAUUUACCUUUGAUUAAAGAUAUUCGCACAUUUCCAGCUGAUUGAAGACUUUAUUUGGAACUAUUUACAGUAGGGGAAUUUUAACAUUAGAAAGAUAGUUAUUUUGCAGUUUAAAUAAAUUUGCUCUUUGAGUUACGCCAUUAUUGAAAUGGAGAACUACUAUAAGUACGGUAAUUUUUUUUAGCAGUGUUUCUUUAUGUUUACUGCUUUGCUUAAACUUAGAAUAGUAUACAUUAUUAAGGAGCUUAGUUUCUAACAAAGUAGUUGAACUUUUUCCUAAACCAGAUGUUGAUACUCUUUCAAUGUUUAAGCAUUCCAUACACUUAAUGUUUGUUGGCUUAUGUCUAGCUUUGUUAUGGGGGACAUAUUGCGUUACUGCUGUCUGUUUGUACGUUUUUACAUACAUGAUACAUACAUACGUACGUCCUGAAAUCUUGUGUGUCCAACUCCUCCCACACUAUUAGCUUGAUUUGCUUCAAACUUUUACAGUUGCAGAUGUUAAUGAAGAAACGAAUUUUUUCUGUGACUAUUUUUACCGCAGUUGUGGCCCUUUGAUAGUUUUGUUAUUUAGAAUAUAGAGAAAAGUUUUGUGUUUCCAACUGUUUUGCUUCAAACUUUCACAGAUGAACAAGCUUGAUGUGCAGAUGACCAAAAAGGAAUGAAUUUUUCUUUGACUACUGUUAUGGCAGUUAUGGCCCUUUGAUAGUUUUUGCUAUAUAGAGGAUGGCACAGUAUGUGGGGGUAUCCGUGUCCUAUGGACACAAUUUUAGUUAUAUCUAAUUUAUUGAUAUCAUUUAAGACAAACAUUUUAAAGUACUUUUGCUUGUAUCAUGUAACGUUAUUCUAAAAAUGUUCAUGUGCUAGAAGGAAUACGGGUUAUUCACCCAUGUACCGGUUUUAUCAGUCCUAGUUGGUUAUAUUGUUUACUGGUGCACAAUGUAUGCAAUUGAACAGAAAUUGCCGAUCAUUGUUAUAGAUCCACUGCUUUUAGAUAUAUUUAGCAGAUAUUAUUAAUUGCGGUUAGAUUUUUCAUUAUUGCUCAGAUUUUUAACAUAAGUUCAGUUUAUGCUGUAGAUGGUUUCCGGUAUUGUACAAAUUAUCUCCCUUGUCAUUUUUUUGCCCCCGAAGGGAGGCAUAUUAGUUUUCAACAGUCUGUCUGUUCGUUCGUUAGUUCUUUCGUCACAACGUUAACUUUUUUCAUGAAGGCACUUUACUCGCGAACCACUGCACCCAGAACCUUCAAACUUCACAUGCUGAUAGUACUUAUUGAGUACACGACCCCUACUGACUUUGGGGUCACCAGGUCAAAGGUCAAGGCGCUGCGGGGGGCAUUUGUCACUGUUAUAGAUCUAUCUAUAGAUAAUUUUGUUUAGAAUAAUCAACAAAAUAUAGCAAAAUGUCAACGAUUCUUAGUAUAUUAACUGGCAAAGGUAAAGAUUACAUAUUAAGUAACAACUAAUUAUUAGGAAAAAAAUUUACUAGUAAAAAAAAUUAUUUUACCGAAAUGUAAAAAAAUCUUGCAUCUGGAAUGACCCUCAAAAUUGUGCCAGGGCAGGUUAUAUGUUCUUUUUUAUUUGCCUGUAUUUGUUUACUCCUCAUUCAUGAUUUAAUUUUUGACUUUGAAAAUCAGGAAAAAGUUGAUGCCAUACUGAACUGUGUUGAUAAUGAAUGUAUUAUAAUAGUUGUACAAAUGAUGAAUUUGUAAAUACGUGUGUAUUUAAGUACGUUUUGUGUGUGCGGUGUGAGAUUUUAGAUGUAAUUGUGAAAAAUUUACACAGUUUUUUUCAGUAACUUGAUAUAAAUGCCAUCUGUACAUAUCUCAUAGCUGAGUAAAGUCGUUCUAUCAGCGCAA